UGCUCAAAGUUCAUCAGCCAUCAGCUUCGCAGGUGCCUCAGCUAGCACGUGAGCUGCAAUCAUGAGUUCCGAUGCAGAAAUGGCAGUAUUUGGGCCUGCUGCCCCCUUUCUCAGAAAAUCUGAGAAGGAAAGAAUUGAAGCCCAGAAUCGUCCAUUUGAUGCAAAGACAUCAACAUUUGUUGCAGUUGACAAAGAAGCUUAUGUUAAGGGAACGCUCGUAAGCAAGGAAGGUGGCAAAGCUACCGUUAAAACAGAAGAUGGAAGAAAUGUAACAGUUAAAGAUGAUCAAAUAUUUCCUAUGAACCCUCCCAAGUUUGAUAAAAUUGAAGACAUGGCCAUGAUGACUCACCUCCAUGAACCAGCUGUAUUGUAUAACCUCAAAGAGCGUUAUGCAGCCUGGAUGAUAUAUACCUAUUCAGGCCUUUUCUGUGUCACUGUUAACCCCUACAAAUGGUUACCAGUGUAUAACCCAGAAGUGGUUGCUGGGUACAGAGGAAAAAAGCGUCAGGAAGCUCCUCCCCACAUCUUCUCCAUCUCUGACAAUGCAUAUCAGUUCAUGUUAACUGAUCGUGAAAACCAAUCAAUCCUAAUCACUGGAGAAUCUGGUGCGGGGAAGACUGUCAACACAAAACGUGUCAUCCAAUAUUUUGCAACAAUUGCGGCUCUGGGUGACAAGAAGAAAGAAGCUGAGACUUCAAAUAAGGGAACCCUGGAAGAUCAAAUCAUCCAGGCUAACCCACUGCUGGAAGCAUUUGGUAAUGCCAAGACGGUUAGGAAUGACAACUCAUCCCGUUUUGGUAAAUUUAUUCGAAUCCACUUUGGAACCACAGGAAAACUGGCUUCUGCUGAUAUUGAAGCCUACCUUCUGGAAAAAUCCAGAGUAACAUUCCAGCUGUCUGCAGAGAGAUGCUACCACAUCUUCUACCAGAUCAUGAGUAAUAAGAGGCCAGAACUCAUUGAGAUGCUUCUGAUUUCCACUAACCCUUAUGACUACCCAUACGUGAGUCAGGGUGAGAUUACGGUGCCAAGUAUUGAUGACGCAGAGGAGCUGAUGGCAACAGAUGGUGCAAUUGACAUCUUAGGUUUCACCCCAGAUGAGAAAGUUGGCAUCUACAAACUGACAGGUGCAGUGAUGCAUUAUGGGAACAUGAGGUUUAAGCAAAAACAGCGAGAAGAGCAGGCUGAGCCUGAUGGAGCUGAAGUGGCUGACAAAGCUGCUUACCUGAUGGGUCUAAACUCUUCAGACUUGCUCAAAGCAUUGUGCUACCCAAGAGUGAAGGUUGGAAAUGAAUAUGUAACCAAAGGUCAGACUGUCCAACAGGUGUACAACUCUGUUGGUGCCCUCAGUAAAUCUGUUUAUGAGAAGAUGUUCUUCUGGAUGGUUUACCGUAUCAACCAGCAGCUGGAUACAAAACAACAGAGACAGUACUUCAUUGGUGUCCUGGAUAUUGCUGGGUUUGAAAUUUUUGAUUUCAACACCCUGGAACAGCUCAUGAUCAACUUUACCAAUGAAAAGCUGCAACAGUUUUUCAACCACCACAUGUUUGUACUGGAGCAAGAAGAGUACAAGAAGGAAGGAAUUGAAUGGGAAUUCAUUGACUUUGGCAUGGACCUGGCUGCUUGUAUUGAGCUAAUAGAGAAGCCUAUGGGUAUUUUCUCAAUCCUUGAAGAGGAAUGCAUGUUCCCCAAAGCUUCUGACCAAACCUUUAAAAGCAAAUUAUAUGACCAACAUCUUGGCAAAUCAAACAAUUUCCAGAAACCAAAACCUACUAAGGGGAAGGCAGAGGCUCACUUCUCAUUGGUACAUUAUGCUGGUGUUGUGGAUUACAACAUCAGUGGGUGGUUGGAUAAGAACAAGGACCCCCUGAAUGAGACCGUCGUCGGCCUGUACCAGAAAUCAUCACUGAAACUGCUGGCCUUCCUUUAUGCUUCAUACUCUGGUGGUGACGGUGGUGACUCUGGUGGUAAGAAGGGAGGUAAGAAGAAGGGUGCUUCCUUCCAGACAGUUUCUGCACUAUUUAGAGAGAAUCUGAACAAGCUGAUGACAAACUUAAGAAGCACUCAUCCUCACUUUGUAAGGUGCCUCAUUCCCAAUGAGACAAAGACACCAGGGGCCAUGGACCACCAUCUAGUCCUGCAUCAGCUGAGAUGUAACGGUGUGCUGGAGGGCAUUAGGAUUUGUAGGAAAGGAUUCCCAAGCCGAAUCUUAUAUGGUGACUUCAAACAGAGAUACAAGGUGUUAAAUGCCAGUGCAAUCCCUGAAGGACAGUUUAUUGACAGCAAGAAAGCAAGUGAAAAGCUACUGGGUUCCAUUGAUGUUGACCACACCCAGUACAAAUUUGGGCACACUAAGGUGUUUUUCAAAGCCGGCCUUCUGGGUACUCUAGAAGAGAUGCGAGAUGAGAAACUAGCUCAACUUAUGACCCGUCUUCAAGCUCUUUGUAGGGGAUACCUGAUGAGAGUAGAAUUCCAAAAAAUGAUGGAGAGAAGGGAGUCUAUCUUUGCUAUACAGUACAACAUUCGUUCAUUCAUGAAUGUAAAAACAUGGCCUUGGAUGAAACUGUUUUUUAAGAUUAAACCUCUGCUGAGGAGUGCAGAAGCCGAAAAGGAGAUGCAAAACAUCAAAGAGGAGUUUGAAAAGACCAAGGUGGGGCUUGCUAAAUCUGAAGCAAAAAGAAAAGAACUUGAAGAGAAAAUGAUUGCCCUCCUACAAGAAAAGAAUGACCUCGCCUUACAAGUGCAGUCAGAAGCAGAAACUCUUGCUGAUGCUGAGGAGAGAUGUGAGGGACUCAUUAAAAACAAAAUACAACUUGAGGCCAAACUGAAAGAGGCAAUGGAGAGGCUUGAAGAUGAGGAAGAAUCAAAUGCAGAACUAACAGCGAAGAAAAGGAAGCUGGAAGAUGAGUGCUCCGAGCUAAAGAAAGAUAUUGAUGAUAUGGAACUUACCCUGGCAAAAGUGGAGAAGGAAAAGCAUGCCACUGAAAACAAGGUUAAAAACCUCACUGAAGAAAUGACCUCACUAGAGGAAACUAUUGCUAAACUGACAAAGGAGAAGAAAGCCCUUCAGGAAGCCCAUCAGCAAACACUGGAUGAUCUACAAGCAGAAGAGGACAAAGUCAAUACUCUGACCAAGGCCAAAUCCAAACUGGAGCAGCAAGUAGAUGAUCUUGAAGGGUCCCUGGAACAAGAAAAGAAGCUUCGCAUGGACCUGGAAAGAGCAAAAAGAAAACUUGAAGGUGACUUUAAGUUGGCUCAAGAAACUAUGAUGGAUUUAGAAAAUGACAAACAGCAGCAAGAAGAAAAACUAAAGAAGAAAGAAUUUGAGAUCAGUCAGUUGCAGAGCAAAAUAGAAGAUGAACAAGCCCUUGGUUCUCAGCUACAAAAGAAGAUUAAAGAACUUCAGGCACGUAUUGAAGAACUUGAAGAAGAAAUAGAAGCAGAACGUGCAGCUCGUGCAAAAACUGAAAAGCAAAGAGCUGAUCUGGCUAGAGAGCUGGAGGAGAUCAGUGAGCGACUAGAGGAAGCUGGUGGAGCAACAUCAGUCCAGAUUGAAAUGAACAAGAAACGGGAAGCAGAAUUCCAGAAACUGCGUCGGGAUCUUGAGGAGGCUACCUUGCAGCAUGAAGCUACAGCUGCUGUUCUUCGGAAGAAACAUGCUGACAGUGUUGCAGAGCUUGGGGAGCAAGUCGACAACCUGCAGCGUGUUAAGCAGAAACUGGAGAAGGAAAAGAGUGAACUGAAGAUGGAAAUUGACGAUUUAGCAAGUAACAUGGAAUCUGUUUCAAAAGCAAAGGCAAAUCUUGAGAAGUUGUGCCAUACAGUGGAAGAUCAGUACAAUGAAUCAAAAACAAAGAAUGAAGAAAACCAACGUUUGAUUAAUGACAUGAAUGUUCAAAGAGCUCGACUACACACAGAGAACGGGGAACUUACUCGGCAAGUGGAAGAGAAAGAUUCCCUGAUUUCCCAGCUUACAAGAGGCAAGCAAGCUUUCACUCAGCAAGCUGAGGAACUGAAGAGGCAGCUUGAAGAAGAAGUUAAGGCUAAGAAUGCCUUGGCUCAUGCCUUGCAAUCUGCCCGCCAUGACUGUGACCUGCUCCGGGAACAGUAUGAAGAGGAACAGGAAGCUAAGGCUGAACUUCAGCGAUCAUUGUCUAAGGCCAAUGGUGAGGUCGCUCAGUGGAGAACAAAAUAUGAAACAGAUGCCAUUCAGAGGACAGAAGAACUUGAGGAGGCAAAGAAAAAACUUGCUCAACGUCUACAAGAAGCUGAAGAACAAAUUGAGGCUGUAAAUUCCAAGUGUGCUUCACUAGAGAAGACAAAAGUGAGGCUACAAGGAGAAGUUGAGGAUCUUAUGCUUGAUGUAGAAAGAGCAAAUUCAGCUGCUGCUGCCCUGGACAAGAAGCAAAGGAACUUUGAUAAGGUUCUUGCAGAAUGGAAACAGAAAUAUGAGGAGAGUCAGGCAGAGUUAGAUGCAGCCCUAAAAGAGUCACGUUCUAUUGGUACUGAGCUCUUUAAGGUGAAGAAUGCCUAUGAAGAAUCUUUGGAUCAGCUUGAAACUCUGAGACGAGAAAACAAGAAUCUGCAACAGGAGAUAUCUGAUUUAACUGAGCAGAUUGGAGAAUCUGGCAAAUGUAUCCAUGAACUAGAAAAAGCCAAAAAGCAGGUUGAGCAAGAAAAAUGUGAUAUUCAAGGUGCAUUAGAAGAAGCUGAGGCAUCUUUGGAACAUGAAGAGGCUAAAAUUCUACGAGUUCAGCUUGAAUUAAAUCAGGUGAAAUCAGAAGUAGACAGACGAAUUGCAGAGAAGGAUGAAGAAAUUGACCAAAUGAAGAGAAAUCACCAGCGAAUUGUAGAAGCUAUGCAGAGCUCACUAGAUGCUGAGGUCAGAAGCAGGAAUGAUGCCCUGAGACUGAAGAAGAAAAUGGAAGGUGAUCUGAAUGAAAUGGAAAUUCAGCUGAGCCAUGCAAACCGUCAGGCAGCAGAAGCACAGAAACAACUUAGAAAUGUGCAGGGUCAGCUCAAGGAUGCACAACUGCAUUUGGAUGAUGCUCUUAGAAGUGCAGAUGAUCUGAAGGAGCAACUUGCCAUGGUAGAACGCAGGAAUACCCUCAUGCAGGCUGAGAUAGAAGAAAUAAGAGCUGCCUUAGAACAGACAGAAAGGGCCCGUAAAGUAGCAGAACAAGAGCUCCUGGACUCUACUGAGAGGUCACAGCUUCUGCACUCUCAGAACACCAGUCUACUGGCUACUAAGAAGAAACUAGAAAGUGAUGUUGCGCAACUUCAAAGUGAAGUAGAUGAGGCAAUCCAAGAAGCAAGAAAUGCAGAAGAAAAGGCCAAAAAAGCCAUCACAGAUGCAGCUAUGAUGGCUGAGGAGCUGAAGAAGGAACAGGACACCAGUGCCCAUCUGGAGAGGAUGAAGAAGAACCUGGACCAGACAAUCAAGGACCUGCAACAUCGUCUGGAUGAAGCAGAGCAGUUAGCAAUGAAGGGUGGAAAGAAGCAGCUCCAGAAACUGGAAGCUCGGGUGCGGGAACUUGAAAACGAACUUGACGCAGAGCAGAAGCGUGGUGCAGAUGGUAUAAAAGCAUUCCGCAAGUAUGAGCGAAGAGUCAAGGAACUGACAUACCAAACUGAGGAAGAUAAGAAGAAUAUUCUAAGACUGCAAGACCUGGUAGACAAACUGCAACUCAAAGUUAAGGCCUACAAGAGACAGGCUGAAGAAGCUGAAGAGCAGGCAAAUACCAAUCUGUCCAGAUUCAGGAAGGUUCAACAUGAUCUCGAGGAAGCAGAGGAACGGGCUGACAUUGCUGAAUCCCAGGUUAACAAACUCAGGGCAAAGAGCCGUGAUCUUGGUGUAAAGAAAGGAGAAAAUGAAUGAAGAAGAAGAAGAAAACUUUAAAUGAACACUUACAGAAAGUUCAUAAAAUAUGAAUUUUGCUGUGCGUUUUUUGAUUUUAUGCAGAAAUAUCUGUAAAUAAAUAAAGUAUGAACCAUGA